AUGCCAAGCUUGCAGACGACUGAAGCGGAGGUGCUCCAAAGACGUUCCAGCUUGCUCCCUCGUAAGUCAACUCAUCAGCCAACGCAUUGCAUCCGCCUCAAUAAAGAAUGUAUCUAUCCCGGAUUCCAGAGCCAGGAUCAGAACGUCCUAGUUGAUGUUUUUGAUAGACUUCGCCACUUGGAGGAAAAUCUGGAUGUGAACAAGCGGGUUUCAUCACAGGUUUUCUUACCCCAGAAUACUGCCCAAACAUUUCCCGGCAUUCAGGGCACGAAAACGCCCUUCCCAGCCGCCUUCUUCCUAGACAAUGAGUCGUUUAGAGCCUUGGAAGCCAACGCUUUGUCAUGGGGUCUCGAUAAUUCGCUGCAACGAGGGGCUUCGAAUCUUCUCGGUGUAGAUCGGACGGAGGCGAGCUCGAGAUAUUUCUCCUCCGUCCACCCAUGGUUUUCCUUCCUGAGCCAAAAGCGGCUGAACAAUGGGGACAAGGGAUCCUCAGCGGAUUUAGAUGGCUGUGAACGACUUUUAAUCUUAUGCUUUGGGCUCCUCACAGAGGAGUUGGUACAUCCACCACAAGAAUUACCUCAAGCAAGCAGGCUCUACUCAUCAAUAAGAGCGAGUGUGUCCGCAGCCGUGGACGGUGGUUGCGUAUCGUUGAGGUUGGUACAAUCACUCGUGCUCUUGUCUCUGUAUGAGCUAGGCCAUGCAAUUUAUCCUACCGCGUAUCUCACUCUGGCCCAAGCUGCCCGCAUGGGCACCUUGAUGGGGCUUCAAAGCAAGACCAAGGCCUCAAGACUCUUCACUCCAGCAAAUUCAUGGACUCUGCGUGAAGAGCAACGCCGAACGUGGUGGGCCAUUCUGAUUCUUGACAGGUUUGCGAAUAUCGGCGCAGGAGGCCAAUCCCUCUGUGCGCCCGAUCCCACUUCCACCGAUCUGUUGCCGGUCAAUGAUACCUCGUGGGACGCUGGACAAGUGGUCGCUAAUGAGCCGCUAUAUACCACCGAAUUCUGCUGUGUGGCAAUGGUCAGCCCCCUUGCGCGAACAUGCCAGGCCGCGCAUAUGUUAGGAAAGAUAAUCCAACACGGCAGAGAUACCGAGGAUCCGGCUCACAGCCUGGCCGAGGCAUUGCAAAUCCACCGUGCGCUAUCUUCACUCCUCAGCAACCUAGAGCUCAGGGAGGACCUUGAGUCGAACGUUUCGGCGCUAAGUCUUUGCUGUUCCGCUAUUUUCCUUCUCUAUGAUCGAUAUCAGGCGAACGAAUCGGAUGAGAUGGUGCGGCUACCAGCUGAAACUGAGCUGCAACACCGCACACUGGAAAGCAUCCGAGGCAUCGCCUCCAGCACUGCGCCAAAGAUUGCACAAAUAAUCCAAGAUCAGCCAAAUCUGGCCAAGAGUCUGCUCAAUGGACCCUCUCUCUACCGUGCAGCGAAUAUAUGUGCUUGGUUCAUCAGAGAGGAUCACGACCCAAUGAUGUACGAGGCGCUAGAGGUUAUCGUGGCUGGGUUAAGGGGCUUACAAGCCCGUUGGCCAGUAGCCGGAGAAUAUUUGAAACUGCUUAGAGCGGCUGGGGUUCUUGAGUUUGUCGAUACCGCACCCGGACUCCCAUAG